AGGCGCCAACUUUACCCUUCGUGAGCUGGGGCUGGGGGAGGUGACGCCUCCUCAUGGGACCCUGUACCGGACAGACAUUGGCCUCCCCCACUGCGGCUACUCCCUGGGGGCCAGCUCUGAUGCCGACAUGGAGGCUGAUACCAUGCUGUCCCCUGAGCACCCGGUACGCCUGUGGGGCCGGAGCACACGGUCGGGGCGUAGUUCCUGCCUGUCCAGCCGGGCCAACUCCAAUCUCACACUCACCGACACGGAGCACGAGAACACCGAGACCGAUCACCAGGGCGGCCUGCAGAACCACGCGCGGCUCCGGACGCCGCCGCCGCCGCUCUCGCACGCGCACACCCCCAACCAGCACCACGCGGCCUCCAUUAACUCCCUGAACCGGGGCAACUUCACUCCAAGGAGCAACCCCAGCCCGGCCCCCACGGACCACUCGCUCUCCGGAGAGCCCCCGGCCGGCGGCGCCCAGGAGCCGGCCCACGCCCAGGACAGCUGGCUGCUCAACAGCAACAUCCCGCUGGAGACCAGGCACUUCCUCUUCAAGCCAGGAGGCACCUCCCCGCUCUUCUGCACCACAUCCCCAGGGUAUCCUCUGACAUCCAGCACAGUGUACUCACCUCCACCGCGGCCCCUGCCCCGCAGCACCUUCACCCGGCCAGCCUUCAACCUCAAGAAGCCCUCCAAGUACUGUAACUGGAAGUGCACAGCCCUGAGUGCCAUUGUCAUCUCAGCCACAUUGGUCAUCCUGCUGGCAUACUUUGUGGCCAUGCACCUGUUUGGCCUAAACUGGCACCUGCAGCCGCUGGAGGGGCAGAUGUAUGAGAUCACGGAGGACACAGCCAGCAGUUGGCCUGUGCCAACGGACGUCUCCCUGUAUCCCUCAGGGGGCACUGGGUUAGAGAUCCCUGACAGGAAAGGCAAAGGAACCACGGAAGGAAAGCCCAGUAGUUUCUUUCCAGAGGACAGUUUCAUAGACUCUGGAGAAAUUGACGUGGGGAGACGGGCUUCCCAGAAGAUUCCUCCUGGCACUUUCUGGAGAUCUCAGGUGUUCAUAGACCAUCCUGUGCAUCUCAAAUUCAAUGUGUCUCUGGGAAAGGCAGCUCUCAUUGGCAUUUAUGGCAGAAAAGGCCUUCCUCCUUCACAUACACAGUUUGACUUUGUGGAGCUACUGGAUGGAAGGAGGCUUCUGACCCAGGAGGCACGGAGCCUAGAGGGACCCCAGCGCCAGUCUCGGGGAGUCAUGCCCCCAUCCAGCCAUGAGACAGGCUUCAUUCAGUAUCUGGAUCCAGGAAUCUGGCACCUGGCUUUUUACAAUGACGGGAAGGAGUCUGAAGUGGUUUCUUUUCUCACCACUGCCAUUGAGUCAGUGGAUAACUGCCCCAGCAACUGCUAUGGCAAUGGCGACUGCAUCUCUGGAACCUGUCACUGCUUCCUGGGCUUCCUGGGCCCCGACUGUGGCAGAGCCUCCUGCCCCGUGCUCUGUAGCGGGAAUGGCCAGUACAUGAAGGGCAGGUGCCUGUGCCACAGCGGCUGGAAAGGUGCUGAGUGUGAUGUGCCCACCAGCCAGUGUGUGGAUGUGGCCUGCAGCCACCAUGGCACCUGUAUCAUGGGUACCUGCAUCUGCAGCCCUGGCUACAAGGGCGAGCGCUGCGAAGAAGUGGACUGCAUGGACCCCACGUGUUCAGGCCGAGGUGUCUGCGUGCGAGGCGAGUGCCACUGCUCUGUGGGGUGGGGAGGCAGCAACUGUGAGACACCCAGGGCCACGUGCUUGGACCAGUGCUCGGGCCAUGGAACCUUCCUCCCAGACACCGGGCUUUGCAGCUGUGACCCAGGCUGGACUGGACAUGACUGCUCCAUCGAGAUCUGUGCUGCUGACUGUGGUGGCCACGGCGUCUGCGUGGGGGGCACCUGCCGCUGCGAGGAUGGCUGGAUGGGGGCAGCCUGCGACCAGAGGGCCUGCCACCCCCGCUGCGCAGAGCACGGAACCUGCCGCGACGGCAAGUGCGAGUGUAGCCCCGGCUGGAACGGCGAGCACUGCACCAUCGCGCACUAUCUGGAUAGGGUAGUUAAAGAGGGUUGCCCUGGGUUGUGCAAUGGCAAUGGCAGAUGUACCUUGGACCUGAAUGGGUGGCACUGUGUCUGCCAGCUGGGCUGGAGAGGAGCUGGCUGUGACACAUCCAUGGAAACAGCCUGUGGUGACAACAAAGACAACGAUGGAGAUGGCUUGAUGGACUGCAUGGACCCUGACUGCUGCCUCCAGCCACUCUGUCAUGUCAACCCGCUGUGCCUGGGCUCCCCUGACCCUCUGGACAUCAUCCAGGAGACCCAGGCCCCUGUGUCCCAGCAGAACCUGCUCUCCUUCUAUGACCGCAUCAAGUUCCUCGUGGGCAGGGAGAGCACACACGUCCUCCCCGGGGAGAACCCCUUCGAUGGAGGGCAUGCAUGUGUCAUUCGUGGUCAAGUGAUGACAUCAGAUGGGACCCCGCUGGUUGGCGUGAACAUCAGUUUCGUCAAUAACCCUCUCUUUGGAUAUACAAUCAGCAGGCAAGAUGGCAGCUUCGACUUGGUCACCCACGGCGGCAUCUCCCUCGUCCUGCGGUUCGAGCGGGCGCCCUUCAUCGCGCAGGAGCACACCCUCUGGCUGCCCUGGGAUCGCUUCUUCGUCAUGGAGACCAUCAUCAUGCGGCACGAGGAGAACGAGAUUCCCAGCUGUGACCUGAGCAACUUCGCCCGCCCCAACCCCGUCGUGUCUCCAUCCCCGCUGACGUCCUUCGCCAGCUCCUGUGCCGAGAAAAGCCCCAUUGUUCCGGAAAUUCAGGCUUUGCGGGAGGAAAUCGCUAUCUCUGGCUGCAAGAUGAGGCUGAGCUACCUGAGCAGCCGUACCCCUGGCUACAAAUCUGUCCUGAGGAUCAGCCUCACCCACCCUGCCAUCCCCUUCAACCUCAUGAAGGUCCACCUCAUGGUGGCGGUUGAGGGCCGCCUCUUCAGGAAGUGGUUUGCUGCGGCACCAGACUUGUCUUAUUAUUUCGUCUGGGACAAGACAGACGUCUACAACCAGAAGGUGUUUGGGCUCUCGGAAGCCUUCGUUUCCGUGGGUUACGAGUAUGAGUCCUGCCCAGAUCUGAUCCUGUGGGAAAAAAGGACAGCAGUGCUGCAGGGCCAUGAAAUCGAUGCUUCCAAGCUGGGAGGAUGGAGCCUGGACAAGCAUCACGCCCUCAACAUCCAAAGUGGCAUCUUGCACAAAGGGAAUGGGGAGAACCAGUUCGUAUCCCAGCAGCCACCUGUCAUCGGGAGCGUCAUGGGCAACGGGCGCCGGAGGAGCAUCUCCUGCCCCAGCUGCAAUGGCCUUGCCGAUGGCAACAAGCUGCUGGCCCCCGUGGCUCUCACGUGUGGCUCUGACGGGAGCCUCUAUGUGGGAGAUUUCAACUACAUCCGAAGGAUCUUCCCCUCUGGGAAUGUCACCAAUAUCCUGGAGUUGAGAAAUAAAGAUUUCAGACAUAGUCACAGUCCAGCACAUAAAUACUACCUGACCGCAGACCCCAUGAGCGGGGUCAUCUUCCUGUCUGACACCAACAGCCGGCGUGUCUUUAAGAUCAAGUCCACCGUGGUGGUGAAGGACCUUGUCAAGAAUUCCGAGGUAGUGGCAGGGACAGGGGACCAGUGCCUCCCCUUUGAUGAUACUCGCUGCGGGGAUGGCGGGAAGGCCACUGAAGCUACACUUACCAACCCCAGGGGCAUCACAGUGGACAAGUCCGGGCUGAUUUACUUUGUGGAUGGCACCAUGAUCAGACGCGUGGAUCAGAACGGGAUCAUCUCCACCCUGCUGGGUUCCAAUGAUCUUACCUCAGCCCGGCCCCUGAGCUGUGAUUCUGUCAUGGAUAUUUCUCAGGUUCGCCUGGAGUGGCCCACAGACUUAGCCAUCAACCCAAUGGACAACUCUCUCUAUGUCCUCGACAACAACGUGGUCCUGCAAAUCUCCGAAAACCAUCAGGUGCGCAUCGUCGCUGGGAGGCCAAUGCACUGCCAAGUCCCCGGCAUCGACCACUUUCUGCUGAGCAAGGUGGCCAUCCAUGCAACCCUGGAGUCAGCCACCGCCUUGGCUGUGUCUCACAACGGGGUCCUGUAUAUCGCUGAGACUGAUGAAAAGAAAAUCAACCGCAUCCGGCAGGUCACCACUAGUGGAGAGAUCUCACUAGUUGCCGGGGCUCCCAGUGGCUGCGACUGUAAAAAUGAUGCCAACUGUGAUUGUUUCUCUGGAGAUGAUGGUUAUGCCAAGGAUGCGAAGCUGAAUACUCCAUCUUCGUUGGCUGUGUGUGCUGACGGAGAGCUCUACGUGGCUGACCUUGGGAAUAUCCGGAUUCGAUUUAUCAGGAAGAACAAGCCUUUCCUCAACACCCAGAACAUGUAUGAGCUGUCCUCACCAAUCGACCAGGAGCUCUACCUGUUUGAUACCAGCGGCAAGCAUCUGUACACCCAGAGCCUGACCACAGGAGAUUACCUGUACAACUUCACCUACACUGGGGACGGCGAGGUCACACUCAUCACGGACAACAACGGCAACAUGGUGAACGUCCGCCGGGACUCGACCGGGAUGCCACUCUGGUUGGUGGUCCCCGACGGCCAGGUGUACUGGGUGACCAUGGGCACCAACAGUGCCCUCAAGAGUGUGACCACACAGGGACACGAGCUGGCCAUGAUGACAUACCAUGGCAACUCCGGCCUCCUGGCAACCAAAAGCAAUGAAAAUGGAUGGACGACAUUUUACGAGUACGACAGCUUUGGCCGCCUGACAAAUGUGACCUUCCCCACUGGCCAGGUGAGCAGUUUCCGAAGUGAUACAGACAGCUCGGUGCAUGUCCAGGUAGAGACCUCCAGCAAAGAUGACGUCACCAUAACCACCAACCUGUCUGCCUCAGGUGCCUUCUACACACUGCUGCAAGACCAGGUGAGGAACAGCUACUACAUCGGGGCCGACGGCUCUCUGCGGCUGCUGCUGGCCAACGGCAUGGAGGUGGCGCUGCAGACCGAGCCCCACCUGCUGGCUGGCACUGUCAACCCCACCGUGGGCAAGAGGAACGUCACGCUGCCCAUCGACAAUGGCCUCAACCUGGUGGAAUGGCGGCAGCGCAAAGAGCAGGCACGGGGCCAGGUCACCGUUUUCGGGCGCCGGCUGCGGGUUCACAACCGCAACCUCCUGUCUCUGGACUUCGACCGUGUGACACGCACAGAGAAGAUCUAUGAUGACCACCGCAAGUUCACCCUCCGGAUCCUGUAUGACCAGGCGGGGCGGCCUAGCCUCUGGUCACCCAGCAGCAGGCUGAAUGGUGUCAAUGUGACCUACUCCCCAGGGGGCCACAUUGCCGGUGUUCAGAGGGGCAUCAUGUCUGAGAGAAUGGAAUACGACCAGGCAGGGCGCAUCACAUCCAGGAUCUUCGCUGAUGGGAAGACAUGGAGCUACACGUACUUAGAGAAGUCCAUGGUGCUGCUCCUGCACAGCCAGAGGCAGUAUAUCUUUGAGUUUGACAAGAAUGAUCGCCUUUCUUCCGUGACAAUGCCCAACGUGGCCCGGCAGACGCUAGAGACCAUUCGCUCGGUGGGCUACUACAGGAACAUCUACCAGCCCCCUGAGGGCAAUGCCUCCGUCAUCCAGGACUUCACUGAGGACGGGCAUCUCCUCCACACCUUCUACCUGGGCACCGGCCGCAGGGUUACAUACAAGUAUGGCAAGCUGUCGAAGCUAGCUGAGAUGCUGUAUGACACUACCAAGGUGAGCUUCGCCUAUGAUGAGUCAGCGGGCAUGCUGAAGACCGUCAACCUCCAGAACGAGGGCUUCACCUGCACCAUUCGCUACCGUCAAAUCGGGCCCCUGAUCGACCGCCAGAUCUUCCGCUUCACUGAGGAAGGCAUGGUCAAUGCUCGUUUUGAUUACAACUAUGACAACAGUUUCCGGGUGACCAGCAUGCAGGCUGUGAUCAACGAGACCCCCCUGCCCAUCGAUCUCUAUCGCUAUGACGAUGUGUCAGGCAAAACAGAGCAGUUUGGGAAGUUUGGUGUCAUCUACUAUGACAUUAACCAGAUCAUCACCACGGCAGUCAUGACCCACACCAAGCACUUUGACGCAUAUGGCCGGAUGAAAGAAGUGCAAUAUGAGAUUUUCCGCUCGCUCAUGUACUGGAUGACUGUCCAGUAUGAUAACAUGGGGCGAGUAGUGAAGAAGGAGCUGAAGGUGGGACCCUAUGCCAACACCACCCGCUACUCCUAUGAGUAUGACGCUGACGGCCAACUGCAGACGGUCUCCAUCAAUGACAAGCCGCUCUGGCGAUAUAGCUAUGACCUCAAUGGGAACCUGCACUUACUGAGCCCUGGUAACAGCGCACGGCUCACCCCACUAAGGUACGACCUCCGUGACCGCAUCACUAGGCUGGGUGAUGUACAGUACAAGAUGGAUGAGGAUGGCUUCCUGAGGCAGCGGGGUGGUGAUGUCUUUGAGUACAACUCAGCUGGCCUGCUCAUCAGGGCCUACAACCGGGCUGGUGGCUGGAGCAUCCGGUACCGCUAUGAUGGCCUGGGGCGGCGUGUGUCCAGCAAGAGCAGCCACAGCCACCACUUGCAGUUCUUCUAUGCAGACCUGACCAACCCCACCAAAGUCACCCACCUCUACAACCACUCCAGCUCUGAGAUCACAUCCCUCUACUACGACCUGCAAGGACACCUCUUUGCCAUGGAGCUGAGCAGUGGUGAUGAGUUUUAUAUAGCUUGCGACAACAUCGGUACCCCUCUUGCUGUCUUCAGUGGAACAGGCUUGAUGAUCAAGCAGAUCCUAUACACAGCCUAUGGGGAGAUCUACAUGGACACCAAUCCCAACUUCCAGAUCAUCAUUGGCUACCACGGCGGCCUCUAUGACCCACUCACCAAGCUGGUCCACAUGGGCCGGCGGGAUUAUGAUGUGCUCGCUGGCCGCUGGACCAGCCCCGACCACGAGUUGUGGAAGCACCUUCGUAGCAACAACAUCAUGCCUUUCAAUCUCUAUAUGUUUAAAAACAACAACCCCAUCAGCAACUCUCAGGACAUCAAGUGCUUCAUGACAGAUGUCAACAGCUGGCUUCUCACCUUUGGAUUCCAGCUGCACAAUGUGAUUCCUGGCUAUCCCAAGCCAGACAUGGAUGCCAUGGAGCCGUCCUACGAGCUCAUCCACACACAGAUGAAGACUCAGGAGUGGGACAACAGCAAGUCUAUCCUCGGGGUACAGUGUGAAGUGCAGAAGCAGCUCAAGGCCUUUGUCACCCUGGAACGUUUUGACCAGCUCUAUGACUCCACAGUCACCAGCUGCCAGCAGGCCCCAAAGACAAAGAAGUUUGCAUCCAGUGGCUCUGUCUUUGGCAAGGGGGUCAAGUUUGCCUUGAAGGAUGGCCGAGUGACCACAGACAUCAUCAGCGUGGCCAACGAGGAUGGGCGGAGGGUUGCUGCCAUCUUAAACAAUGCCCACUACCUAGAGAACCUGCACUUCACCAUUGAUGGGGUAGACACCCACUACUUUGUGAAACCAGGGCCCUCAGAAGGCGACCUGGCCAUCCUGGGCCUCAGCGGGGGGCGGCGAACCCUGGAGAAUGGGGUCAACGUCACCGUGUCCCAGAUGAACACGAUGCUCAGUGGCAGGACUAGACGCUACACAGACAUCCAGCUCCAGUUCGGGGCCCUGUGCCUGAACACCCGCUAUGGGACAACAGUGGACGAGGAAAAGGCGCGGGUGCUGGAGCUGGCCCGGCAGAGAGCCGUGCGCCAGGCGUGGGCCCGCGAGCAGCAGCGACUUCGGGAAGGGGAGGAGGGCCUGCGGGCCUGGACAGAGGGCGAGAAGCAGCAGGCGCUGAACACAGGGCGGGUUCAAGGCUAUGACGGCUUCUUCGUGAUCUCCGUCGAGCAGUACCCGGAACUGUCAGACAGUGCCAACAACAUCCAUUUCAUGAGACAGAGCGAGAUGGGCCGAAGGUGACAGAGAGGACUGUGGCCUGGACUUCUUGCCAAAGACAGCUGCUCUUUUGUGGCCGCACACCUGACUGUGUUGUACUUAAAAAAAAAAAUCCUUUUUUUAACAAGUGCAGAAAACAAACAAAAAAAGAUACUGGUUGCAUUGUAACUCAUGCAAAAUCCUUUUUUUUUAAGAAAAGAAAAACACAAAUUUGGCCUUCGCACAUUUUUUGCAAACAACAGAAAGUAUUUUUUUCCUGUAGUGUGAUCACAAUGAAAACUUUAUUGUCUUCUGUUCCCUUUUUCCUUGAGGAUUUUUCCUUGUUGUUUGGGGUACAUUUCUCCUCUCUGAGACACAUCUCCUAGGGGGUGUCCUUGUCUGUCCCUAGGUACCCAGUGUAAUGUGAGACACAAGUGUCUGUGCUAAUUUGUCUCAUGUGCAACCCUUUCUUCCAUGGGGGUUGGGCAGGAGUGAGGGGUGUGGAGUCCCAGGCCAGGGCCACCCCUCCUAGGGAGCCUGGAAGGAGGGUCUUCAGGACCUGAGGACCUUUGGCUAAGCUCCCACAGGUGAGUGAUGGCUUUUUACCCACUGUGUCCCAUGCCUCUGUGCUCUGGGGAAUUUCAUGAUGUCAUUCAGCACCUUUUUCAAGUUGCCCCAAACUCCUGCCCAAGCUUUAUAUUUUUGAUGUUAAGAGAAACCCCCUACCCCUUUUGCAAAUCCUAUGUAGUUGUCAGUGCCACCCCCAUGCUGGGAUGGAGAAAGUCUCUCCCAGGUCCUUUCCUCCUGUCUAGUGACAACAUCCUGGGACUAAGAGCCCCGCCCUCCCCAAGAGGUAGCGGUACCCAGGAUGUCUGUGGUUGGUCAGUCCUCUCCCGAUGUUCCUUGUUCAUCUCCUCCUCUCUCCCAAAGUCAGACGUGAGAACCAGCAUUGCACAAGCCCUCAGUGUGGGCACCAUGUCCAGGGAGGGGAAGGCCACCCAUGGCAAAAGGAUGGCAGUGGUGGCAAGGGUACCAGCCUGCCUUCCUGGUGAAGCCCUCUCCCCAUGACUUUGUGUAUCUGCCCUCCACUGCUCAGCCGCCACCACUGAGGAAUAGGAGUAUGCAGAGAGGGGCUUGGUGGCCUUUGGUUCUGGAAGGAUGUGUAAGAAAGAGUCAGCCAAAGAGAGGAAGGCAUGAGCCCAGCAUCCUCCUCACCAGCUCCUGAAGGCUCUUCUGCCACCCACACACCGGCCAACUGAGAGCUGGGGUGCAGCAGGACGGCCUUCAGGAAACUCCUUCUGUGAAUUUCUUCUAAAAGAGCUUCCCCUCUACAGGAGCCUAACCAGGGUUUUAAAGAAAGAUAAAGGAGAAAGGAGGAAAGGGCUAAUCUGGAGUGGCCUGGCGGCAUUAUACAGCCCCACCAGGACUGGGGGCUGGCGCCCAUGGAUCCGGAGGCCAGGCUACAGUUGUCCCUGCGAAGACCUAUGCCUGAGGUCACUGGGGAAAAGCAUAAGCCCUCUCCAGAGUGGUAGGGCCCACACCUGGGGGACAUGCCCAGGCAGAGCAGCAGCCGACAGGCCAAGGGAGCAUAGCGGGGAAGGGACAGCAGCAGCAAGAGCUAGGAGCUCCUUGCUCCGGGUUCAGCUGCCUAAUUACCGUUGUCAUUACCACUCACAGGAGGCUCCGGGAGACCAAGAGGGGAAGGCAAACGCUUCCUUUUGAGCUGGGCUUCCUAGAAAAUGGGACUUUUAUGGGUUGCAUUUACAUUAAGUGUGAAAAAUGAAUUCUGAGUCUGAGCUAUCCCCUGUGGAAACCUUGUUGGACUGAUAAGCUCAUGGCACCUUUAUAGCCUUACUCACAGAGUCUUCAGAAUAUUAUUACACAAGUUAAUGAAACCAAGAAGGUCUCUUACUGCAUGAGCAUUGGAGCAGCAUGUAGUCUGGGUUCUGCCUGGCAGAGGGAGGCAUCCAAAGCUUCUCGGGAGAGGAGGUUUCGCCUUACAUCAUCCCACUGGGAUGAGAGGAUGGUUCGCUAAGUGCUCUUCUUGUUUCCAAAAAAUGUCACACUGCUGCGACAGUGCCCCUUGGCCUGUUUGUCCCCUGACUGCCUGGUGCCUCUGGGUACGGAGCUCCGCUGAGUCACAGUGUUCCUGGGCCGCUGUGUGUGGCAAGAGCUGGUGGUGGGCUUCUCUCCAGCAGGACCAUUCUUGGAUGGGAUGGAAAACUGUGUGACUUAAAGAACACAAGUUUUUUAUCCAAAACAGACUUAUGCCUCUCAAAAUGUACAUUUGAUAUAGGGGCCCUUGGGCAAACCUCUCCUGCCCAUUGGCCUACUUGAUCAGUUCCAUCCCAGCUGCCUGACAUCAGCCAACACCUGCUGGGAACGUCUACUUGGAGGUCAGAGACAGCUUGAGGGUCAAGGGAUUCAUCUCCCCACAGCUCCCUGACCUUCUGACCCUCCACCAGCCCCGCACCAAAGUUAAGAGUGUGGACUUUUAAAGAUCAACAGCAGAGAACUAUUGAGUAUUCCUUUUCUUUAAACAAGUGAUGUUAUACUUUUCCUGGGCUACAUACCACCAAGAAGGCCCAGCUUCUCAGUGCAGGGAGAAGUGGAAGCAUCUCCAGCCUUUAGAAUAAGGACAUCAGGUGUCAGAGAGGCAGCCUUUGCCACCUCGGUUUCACAUCGCUGCUGUUGCUAUUGGAGAUAAUGCUCUGGCUUUGGCGCUUUUGAGUUGGUUUCCAUUCACGCUGGCAGGUGACUCGAUGCCUCCCUUCUCAGUCUGUCCUCCUGUCCAGUCCAGCAGUCCCGACCUCACAGCAAGAGUCUGAAAGCAUCAGCCAGCAUUCCCGGCACCUGCACAGGAGUCUUCAGGCAUCAAAUCCCAGCCUGGAUGGCACCUGCCUUUUUGGCAUUACCCAGCCAAAUGUGUCCAUUCCUUGGGGUGACCAGCCCUCCCUCACUGGCCCAGGUUCAUGAUUCUGCAGGAUGUCAGCUUCUGAACCUAGAAAAAGGUUUAUUUUAGAAGAGUUCUUGCCUUCCCCCCUACCUUCCUCAGCUGCCAUUGGCCCCAUCACCCUCAUCCCCUCUACUAUCACUUCAAAUAGGACUUUAGUGGUCCCCCAGCUUUGUUUUUUAUAGGGUGAGAUUUCCUUUUCACUCACACUCCUGACAGCCUGGAGGGCAGAGCCAUGGCAAUAGGAAGAAGGGGAAGAAACUCCACAGUCAGUCACACCUCUGCUGGCCCCUGAUGCCUGUCUCAGCGUUGGUAGCUAAGAACUGACCCAACAGACCAGUGCCUGAUUCCUGCCUAGGGAUGGAGGUGAAACAGUCCCUGAGAAGCUGGCCAGAGGCUGAGAAUGGCCAGCGUGUGCCCUGCUAAAGCAUCAGGAUGGGGUGCAGCUGGAAGCAGAAGGUGCCAGUGAGACAAGGAAGGGAGUCAAACCGGGCAGUGUUUAUAGACAACACAGCAAGGAAUCAAUUUUAAAAUUGUUUAAAAAAAAAUGUAAAAGACCUUUUCAGCUGUGACUUGUUAUAGAUGGUAGGGGUUUACAUAUGCAGAGACGAGGCUGUCGGUGUGAAACCUUAGAAUGCAGAUCCACGGCCGCAGCCCUGUCCUGUGGAUGCCACGUAGUGAGGGCAGGGACACCGAGCGGGGCCCAGGAGGAAGCAGUGUGCCAGGGAUUUGAUCUCCUGGUGCUCCAAGCCAAACCUUUUCUCCCUUCCUCACAGCAGCCGAUGAGCCCAGGCCAUGGCUUCUGGUCCUGAGCUGGGGGGGCCCACAUCCAAGGGCAUCCAGAAAGAACCCAGUCUCUUCUUUCCCUUGGGAUCCUCUUUAGGACUAAAAGCCCUCCAUUUAAGGCUCAUCAUUCCCAGCUAGGUGUAUUCACUUGUCUGUUUUAUUGGAAGGGAGGGAAUUAAAAGAAAGAACUCUGUAGUUCAAGGCCUUUUCAUUUAACCUUCAAACAACAACAAACUCAUUUUAAAGACUCGUUGCUCAGGUGAUAGAAACUUAUCCUCUCCAACUGUUACAUUCUCAAAAACCAGCCUCGUGUACUUACUUGACCGCCCCAAACAGCAGUGAGCUCUGAGGUUGCAUCGUAAAUGUGGAAGAUCAGAGUGGGGGGAGGCCUGGGUGGGGCCAAUGUUGGGUUUCUUGCCCCCUCUGGAAUGCCAAAGGCGGAUCCUGGGUGCCCGCUUAGUCCCCAAGAACAUAUGAUUACUCUGAGGGCAAACUGCCAGCAGAGAACCAAGCCUCGGGCAGGCCCAGCUAUCCUGGCAGAAACUGAGUCACAGAUGCCUGGUGGUGCCCAGCAGCCCUGGAUUCACCCAACACCAGAAUCCCUCUUUUCUAAACCUGUCUGUUUUUGAAGACUUCUGAACCUGCAGCUCUGGCAGAAGGACUCUCCCCAAGCUGCCUUUGAACGACCAACACUGGAGACUCUGGCCUUACCAUGUGGAAAUAGUUUUCCUGAAGUCUGGGACUAAUUUUGAGAAGUUUUUUUUCUCAACACUUUUGUGUUUCUAACACUUUAUUCUUGACUGUGUAAAUACCAACAAGGCUGUAAAUAAAUGCAGAUGUAGAUACCUUCUAGAAAAAAAAAAGGCAUAAAAACAAAACCAGAAGUGAUCCCGUGUAGCCUUCGUUGACAAAUAAAAGAAUAUUUUGUGUUUAAA